AUGUAUGCACUAUGCUGUAAACCCUAUUCGUACUUGGUCAAUGGUCACUUGUUGAGACUACUGAAACACUAUGCUGCAAUUAUGAGUGUUGAUAGUGCUGAAGGUGAAAGUGAAUAUGCUGAUGCCAUAGCUGCUCAGGUGCGUCGUUUAGCAAAUGAAGUUCGGCAGUUAUCAUCAAGCAGGCCAAUCACAGUACUGAAUGGGGGUUCUAGACAAAGUAAUUUUUCAUCCCUUGUCGUUCCAGCUGCUGCUAUGGGCGCUUUGGGUUAUGGUUACAUGUGGUGGAAGGGUAUUUCAUUCUCAGAUCUUAUGUAUGUGACUAAACGGAAUAUGGAAAAAGCUGUUGCAGAUUUAACAAAGAAGUUGCAGCAUGCCUCAGAUGUCAUUGCUGAUGCCAAGAAGCAUUUGACCCAGAGAAUUCAGAAUUUAGAUGACAAAAUGCUCAAGCAGAAUGAGUUGGCACGAUAUUAA